GUCUUUUCUAAUUUUGCUGGUCGGGCCACCCUCCGCUAUCUCUACAGGGAGCUGAUAUCACCGCAGUAUUUCCUGCCAUGUCUCUCUACAGACUGCCGCUCUCUUUUCGGGUUCAAAGUUGAACCAAUUGAGACAGGCCAUCACUCAACAAGCGUUACUUAAAUUCCCCGCUCUAUGAUUUCCCUUUUCUCUCUCUUUUUUCCCCUUCUUUUUCAUGCCGUCUGUAUGUCUGUUCGCGCAGCUCAUCUUGUUUUCCUUGGUCGUUGAACGCAUUUGUAUUCCUCUACGGCAGUGAAAAACAUGGCUCAACCUCCAUGCAACAUUGGCAUCAAGGCCAUGGAAAUCUACUUUCCCAGUCAGUUUGUUGAACAAUCCGAGCUGGAGAAGUUCGAUGGCGUUAGCCCAGGCAAAUACACCAUCGGACUGGGCCAGUCAAAGAUGAGUUUCUGCGAUGACCGAGAAGAUGUGUACUCUGUUUCUCUCACUGUUACAGCCAAUCUCCUCAAGAAAUACAACAUCGACCCCCACUCCAUUGGCCGCCUGGAAGUAGGAACUGAAACCAUUCUCGAUAAGGCGAAAGCAGUGAAGACUGUUCUUAUGCAGUUAUUCGAGGAUAACACAAACGUCGAAGGCGUCGAUAAUAUUAACGCCUGCUACGGCGGGACGAGUGCCCUAGACGCUAUUGUCGUGGCGGCCGAUAUCGCGCUUUAUGCUAAGGGAACUGCAAGGCCGACUGGAGGCGCUGGGGCAAUUGCAAUGCUCAUCGGCCCUGAUGCGCCUGUAAUCGUCGAGCCGGGUCUCCGUGGUACACAUAUGCGGCAUGUCUACGACUUCUACAAGCCAGACCUUGCCAGUGAGUAUCCUAUUGUCGAUGGUCACUAUUCCGUUGAAUGCUAUUUGAGGGCAUUGGACCACUGCUAUACAGCCUAUAACAAGUCCCUGUCUUUACAGCAAGUGGAAAAUGGCGACGGCAUCAAAACCAUACCUGUCGAGCGUUUCGACUACAUGGCAUUUCACGCUCCUACCUGCAAACUGGUCGCCAAAUCUUUUGCACGCCUCUACUACAACGACUUUCGCACCAACCCAAACCGUCGAAAGACAUUCAUGCUACUGAGCAAACACCGCUUCGACGAGAGUGUGCGGCCUAGCAUUGAGGUGCCGACUAACUGCGGCAACAUAUACAACGCCAGCGUCUAUAGCGGUAUUGCCGGCGUGCUGGGCCUUAUUGAUGACAAGCAGCUCAAGAACCAGAGAAUCGGCGUCUUCAGCUACGGGUCUGGCCUGGCAUCAAGCUUCUAUUCGCUGAAGGUCAUUGGCAGUGUUGAGCAUAUCGCAGCCACAUUGGAUUUGAAGAGGAGGCUUUCCGCCAGACAGGCAUCACCACCAGAGGUCUAUGAUUCCAUGUGCGAGCUCCGUGAGAGGGCGCACCUGAAAAAGAAUUACAUGCCCGAGGGCGAUAUCUCAACUAUUGGUUCCGGUGUAUAUUACCUUGAGUCUGUUGACGAUAUGUUUAGGAGAAAGUACAAGGUCAAGGCUUGACUUGAAAUAGAAAGCUCGUCUUGAGAAUAGCUUUCUCUGAUUAUGGAUUGUUACAUCAACCUGUUAGUAUUAUGCGACGGUUCAAGGGCACGAGCCAGCUCGGGUACGGCUUGGGCAAGAUGUGUCAGGACUAGAAUACACAAAGAGUGAAGAGGGCGCACGCCCGACUAGGUAGAUAGUAGCUCGAAGGUAGUAAUUGG